GAUGCGCCGGUGACGUAUUAAAGGUGCGCCGGCGGUGCCAAGUAGUGGAGGAAUGAUGGCAGCAGUACCGGCACAGCAAGAUUCAGAGGAUGAUGAUUACUCUUUACUUCCCCUCGUUCAUGAUAUUAUAAAAUGCAUGGAUAAAGACAGCCAAGAUGUUCACCAGGAGAUAAACAAGCUCAAGGCAAGGAUCCAGGAGACUCGUGAGCAGAUCUCCAGCAUGCCAGGCAUUGAUAAGAGCCCUGAGGAGCAGCAGCAGCAGCUGCAGAGCCUGAGGGAGCAGGUGCGCACCAAGAGCCUGCUGCUGCAGAAGUACAAAAGCCUGUGCGUGUUCGACAUCCCCAAGACCUAGGAGCCACCCGAAAUAAUGGCAGGGGAUCGAGCCUGUAGUGCCACCAUUUUUAGGCAUCACCGGAGCUGGGAGACCCUGAAAACUCUACUUCUGUUUGUAUGCAGCAAUAAUUAUUUAGUGUGAAAUGGGACUGGAAGAAAAUGUACAUUUUGUAUGUGACUACUUGCCAUGAAUGUGUUUUCAUCUAUAGCCUUAGGUUUUGUGUGUAAUUGUAUAUACCUGUAACAUAAUGCCCUGUUCUGGACCUGCACCACAACUCUAUUUGUGGCUUUUUUUAUACUGAACUAUAGUCUGUUUGAUUUGUUCUCUUUGUAAUAUGUGGUUUAAUAAUUAAAAUGCAGCCUUUUCUGUGCCUCCAUUCA